AUGCGCCGCCUACCUCACACCACCAGCAUGUAUUGCAUCGGCUCCUCUUACGGGUGGCUCAUCCUCAUCUCCGAAGCCACCUCCGCGGUCUCCCUCUUCAACCCCGUCACCGCCGAAGACAUUCCUCUCCCCCCACUCUCCACCCUCCAAUCAUUCGUACUGUUGUUCUACCAAUCGGAGGACGGCAUCGGAUCUUACUUCAUCAAAACGGACUACCCCAACAUUACGGUCGAGUUCAACGCCAUCGUCGACAAGGCCGUCUUGUCCUCCGACCCUACCCUCGACCGGGACUUCGUGGCAAUCGUCUUCCUCGACGGCAUAUACAAGCGCUGCUUUACCUGCCGCCCAGGGGACAGAUCGUGGAAGAACAACGUCAACGAACCUUUCGAUGAUCUCCAUUGGAUUUUCCCAGGAGUGCCGCAGGUGUUCAACCUGACUGACGUCGUGCCCUACGGCGAGCGGAGGUUGUGCGCUAUCUACAAUGACAAAAAUUACUUAGCAGUCUUCGACGUCGACCCAGGCCCGCCGGGGAGGGCGACGAUGAUCGCAUGGAACUCCAUGCCGCCCUGCGUGCCGCGCGGUGGUUUACCCACCUACUUGAUUGGGUCGGCUGGAGAACUAGUCCUGGUUACCGAGUUCUACAAGAGGAGUGCAGCCAGGAAGAACACCAGGAGCUUCCGCGUCUUCAGGCUCGAUCCAGGCGACGGAGACCGGCCAGCGAAGGCGAUCGAAGUGCAGGACAUCGGCGACCGUAUGUUGUUUUUGGGUACGAACCAUUCGGUGUGCGUCGCCGCGGGGGACUUCCCAGGGUUCCUGGGGAAUGCCAUCUACUACGUGAAGGAAGAGAAGAUGAGUUUGGAGGGGGAAGAUACAGAGAAAAGAAUUAAAAGCAUAAAAAUUAAGAACCAGGAAAAACAAGCCAUGAAAUUUGAACACUGUACAGUUUUAAGGUACUAUCUCUAUCUAUGGCUGGAAAUUGCCGGUGAUGAGAUCGUACCUACAUUUUGA